GUGAAGGAGGGCGAAGGGACCGUGCGGUCGGUGGUUCCCAGCGCUUCGCCAUGGCUCUGAUGGCUCUGCCUCUGAGGUCCCUGAGUCGAGGCUUUGCGAGUGCAGCCCAGGGAGGCCACGGAGGGGCAGGAGCCGGCACCUGGCGCCUCCUGACCUUCGUGCUGGCGCUGCCCGGCGUGGUGCUCUGCUCGCUCAACUGCUGGCUGCACGCGGGCCACGGCGAGCGCCCCGAGUUCGUGCCCUACCACCACCUGCGCAUCCGCACCAAGCCCUUCUCCUGGGGGGACGGCAACCACACUCUUUUCCACAACCCCCACGUCAACCCUCUGCCCACCGGCUACGAACGGCCCUGA